AUGGCGGCCGUUAGGCGUUUCUUCAACCUGCUCUCUCCUCAGUCCCCUGCGGUUGUCGGUUUAUACCGCGGCACAGUACAAACUCGGAAACGCCUGAGUGAAGAUGGCCGGCCAGGCACAAGCAGCAGUAGACGCUUAGCCUUGGUAAAGAAUUUGGAGGUUCUUGGGAUGGAGGCUGCAGAUGUGUAUGCCAGAAAUGAAACUCACUGCAAUUCUCCUUUUUUUGAGGAGGAGGGAAUCACUCAGAGGGGACCACACUGGGCUCCAAGCUACUUUGCCGUGGAGAAUGGCUGUGACACCAGUAAAAUUUCUGAGAGUCCUCCAGAAUUGAUUAGGAAAUGGAAGGUGGGAAGCUUUUCAAUUAAAAAGGUCUUUUUGAUAUAUCUUUCUCAGAUGGGAAAACUGACAACCAUGCCUGUAAGUCUGAUACAUGCAUCUAUAAAUGUAUCUGGAGUCAAAGAAGAGGAAUCCAAAAAGCAGCUAGUGAAACCAGAACAGCUCCCCUUAUAUACUGCACCACCUCUCCAGUCUAAAUAUGUUGAAGAACAGCCUGGUCAUUUACAAAUGGGCUUUGCUUCCAUCCGUACUGCAAGUGGUCAUUAUAUUGGCUGGUGCAAGGGUUUUUAUGCCUUUAUGAAAAAUGGAAUAAUGGAUUCAGUACAAUUUGGAAAAGAUGCAUAUGUCUAUCUGAAGAACCCUCCUCGAGAUUUUCUUCCGAAAAUGGGAGUGAUUACAGUUUCAGGAUUGGCAGGCUUGGUUUCAGCAAGAAAAGGUUCUAGGUUUAAGAAAAUUACUUAUCCUUUGGGACUGGCGACUUUUGGAGCAACUGUUUGCUACCCAGUUCAGUCAGUAAUAAUUGCUAAGGUAAGUUCUUUUUAA